AUGGUGGUAAGUUUCAUUGAAAAUAUGUUCUUCAAUAGUUCAUCCUUGAUUUUACAGCUCCCUCUUUCAUUAUUGCGAACUGCACAAAAUCAUCCAAUGUUGGUGGAAUUGAAAAAUGGAGAAACUUAUAACGGACAUCUUCAAGCUUGUGAUUCGUGGAUGAAUAUUCAUUUACGGGAUGUGUAUUUCACAUCAAAGGUAUUAUAUUUUUAUUUUAUCCGAAGUUGAAUUCGAAACUAAAUGAUUGAUUUUAACAGGACGGUGACAAAUUCUUUAAAAUGGCAGAAGUUUACAUCCGUGGUUCCACAAUCAAAUAUCUGAGGAUUCCAGAAUCAGUCGUCGAUUUAGUGAAAACAGAAGUCAACGAAGUUCGCCGUCAACAACGCGAUCAACAACGCGGAGGACGUGGCGGUGGAAGAGGCGGCGGUGGCGGAAGAGGUGGAAAUCGAGGAGGUAACCGGGGAGGACGUGGGGGAUACAAUAAUCACCAAAAGUAA